CAUCCUGGCCGCUGCCAGCAGCGCUGCAGGAGCCAGCAGGGCGUGUGUGUGCAGGGCUGAGGCGCUCGGAGUGCUCGGGCAGCCAUGGGCUCGGCCGGGCUCCCGCUGCUGCUCCUGCUCGCCGCGCUGCUCCCCGCGCGGGCUGAUCCCUGCGCAGCGCAGCGCCCCGACAGCUCCACGGCCGCCAAGCUGCCGGGCACCUGGCUGUACGUGGCAGGGGCUGCCCAGUUCCCGCAGCACCGCGUGGAGAUGCUGCUCAUCGACCGCGCCUUCCUGCGCCUGGAGCCCGCGGCUGGGGGGCAGCAGCUGCUCAUCAGCCACUACGUGGCCGUGGGGGACCAGUGUUUUACCAACAACCAGACCUACCUGGAGGUCACCGCCGGUAACGCCACGCAGGUGAAGCACGCCAAGACCCACCAAACUGAGGGGAUGCUGAUGAACGUGAGCUCUGAAAACCUUUUACUCGUCCAGUACCAAAUGCAGAGGGAAAGGACAUAUUUGGGGCAGUAUCUCUACGCCCGGAACCGGAGCAUCAGCACGGCCGAGCGGGAGGAGUUUGAGCAGCACGCCCAGUGCCUGGGGCUGGGGGCAGAGCAGAUCGUGUACGCGCCGUGGAAAACGGAGGUGUGUCAAGUGAAAGAAGUGGAAGUCAGCAGCAGCCCACACCCAGAGCCCGUGGCUGCAGCCACAGCAUCACCUGCUCCAGGUACUCCCUGGCCUGGGAGUGCAGGGAACUGACCCCACACAGGGCAAUAAAUGUUUUCUUCGAAUCAGAUACAAUUUGGUGCCAA